AUGUUAGGAGUGCGUCGACUUUUGGAAGCUCACACCGGAGACUACAUUUCACAAAAAAUGAAAGAAUUAAUGGAAUCUUUCGGUAUUUCAAAAUCCAAAAUAAUCUCUGUUUGUACAGAUGGUGGUGCAACUAUGAUAGCUGCAGUACAAAAAUUAUUAGGGGAAGGAAAAAACGUCUAUUGUUUUGCUCAUAUGUUAAAUUUAAUAGUAACGGAUGGUUUAGAAGACAAAAAUAAUAAGCCCUUGAAAAAGCUUAUAGAUCUUGUUAAAAGUUUCAUGACUUAUGCUAGGCACAGCAGUAAUUUCAUGGAUGCCUUGAGGGCUGAACAACAGAGGGAUGGUGUACCAGAAGGUGGCGUUGCGCUGUUUAUUCAGUCAGUUCCAACACAGUGGAAUUCCACCUUUUAUAUGCGUAGUAGAUUCGUCACCCCUAUACCCCUACGUAGCACGUGUUCUGGCAAGUCCAAGUACAAAACUAAAAAAUGCUUCUAG